AGGGGGGGCUGUCCGCUCACUCCUCGCGGAUGCAAGCAGGUCACAUGGCCUCCGCCACUGUUUGGAUUCCGGGCUCGCCUGAGACAGGCGGUGCCGAGAUGGCUGACAACUGCAAACCUGUGCACAUUCUUUGAGAAACAAACAUAUGCUGCUGUUGUGAUAUAUUCGGCAAUUCCAGCUAUUUUCAUGCAGUAACUCAGAAAGCCCGUUACUCGAUUCCUGCCAGAAGUCAUGGAGAUAACGUCGGACGGAGAGGCGGCGGAACGCAGGCGGGAGCUCUGGAAGUUGUUGUCCAGCCUGAAGACCACAGUGGAGGGCCUCCUGACCACAAACAACCCCAACGUCUGGUCCCGCUACGGCGGCCUGCAGCGCCUACACAAGGACAUGAACAACAUUCUUAGCCAUGGCCUGAAGAAUGAGCAGGUGUAUUAUAAGCAGAGAGACUACUGGCCAUUUGUGUGGUGUGUUCGUUACAUCAACCCUCAGUUUGCCUCACAUGUUGAACAGUUCAGUCACCUGGAGCCUGUAGUGAGCAGCAGGGUGCAGAGUGCUGGUGAGAGCUACAAGGCUGAGCGCUGGCUGCUUUACAGCUUGCAGGUCCACAUGCUGUCAGCUCAGCUCAAACCUCUGCUUCGGCAUCAGGGACAUACAAGAAAAUACUACAACGAGGAUGCCUACCUGCUCAGCGAGCCACACGUCACCGCCAUGUUCCAGUGUCUUGAAGCUGUGGAGCAGAAUAACCCCAAACUGUUGGCCCAAAUAGACACAGUGGGGCUGUCCCCUCUCAAGAACCCGCCAUGCCUUGGCCUGUUGAAAAGCCAGAGCCUGUGUGUGUUGCCCGGGGCUGGUGGGGCCUGGCGAACCGCUGACUCUGCACCUGCAAGAGAGUCUUUAAACCGGAGGCUCACCACAUCGAACAACUCCCUUAGAGAUGUGGCCGCCUCGACCACCAGUGGCAACAUGACAGGAGUCAGCAAGAGUGCAAAUACUACCUCACGAGCCAGCAGCCUAGGUCCUCCCUGGGUGUGUUUGACCAAGCCAGAAGAGAGCGAGCAGGGUGUGACACCCCCUCCUGGACAUGCGUCCAUACCCUCCAGCUCUCUUUCAGAGUCUCCCUCGCCCUCCUCCGCACAGCCUGACACGGGAGAUUCAGGUGACGGCGAAUUUGACGACGGUCCAGAGUACCUGGCCAUUGGUAAUCUGUGCCAACGCAAUCGCCGCAACACCCAAAGCUCCACACAGAGCAGUGAGCCCAGCGAGAGCAAGGACCUGUCCCCACAGCCAAAUUCUAUGGCUCUACCUCCACCCAGGCGCUCAUCUUUUUCAGAGGGCCAGAAAGAACCAGUCCGAGGGUCUCGAGGACACACCCGCUCGUUUUCCGACACAGGGAUUGCCCAAAAACUCAGGAAAGGAGGGGCCCACCGGAAAGUCACCAUAAUAAUAGAGGAUCCGGUAGCAGAAACGGUGAGCGAAGACUGCUGCGUUAAGGAGUACAACCCUUUCUCAUCCCAGCGCAGUGAUGCCAGCACGCCCACUUCCCUUUACAUGGAGUCUUAUGGGUCUCAGCACAGCAGGGCACCGGAUGGUUUGUUCAGGAAGCCAUCAGAGGGCCAGAGCCUCAUCAGCUACCUGUCAGAGCAGGACUUUGGUAGCUGUGCUGACCUUGAAAAGGAGAACGCUCAUUUUAGCAUCUCAGAGUCUCUCAUUGCGGCCAUUGAGCUGAUGAAGUACAACCUGCGGUGUCAACAGGAGGGGGAGGAGGAAGGAGACAGUGACUCUGAGAUUCAGCAGCUCAAGCAGAAGAUCCGCCUACGAAGGCAGCAGAUCCGUCGCAACCGCUUACCGCCCUGCACGGCCUCCCAGCACCUGUUCCCUUCGACUGAUAGCAGUGGUUCAAGGAGGAGCUCCCAGGACUCCCAUCACGGCCUAUUAGAUUCCGACUCGGCCGAGGAGGUGGAGGAGUGUGAACUACGAGAUGGCUGUGAGGGUCAGUCCCUGCUGGCGGUGUCUCAGAACGGCCUCUCCUUGUCACUUGCCUCCCUCUUCUCAGAAGCAGACAUAAAGCGCAGCAUAGGCUCCAGCAACAAGUCUUUCCUGAGCUCAGAGUCCAUUUCCACCUCCUUCCUUCAAUCCAACUCAGCGGAGUCGGUUGCCAUGGGUUUGCUCAGGCAGUUUGAGGGCAUGCAGCUUCCUGCCGCCUCUGAGCUUGACUGGCUGGUUCCAGAACAUGAUGCGCCACAGAAACUGCUGCCCAUCCCAGACUCUCUGCCCAUCUCCCCGGAUGAUGGAGAACAUGCAGAUAUCUAUAAGCUAAGGAUUCGCGUACGAGGGAACCUGGAGUGGGCGCCACCCCGACCACAAAUCAUCUUCAACAUUCACUCUCCACCCAAGAGGAAGAUAGUUGUGGCGAAACAGAAUUACCGCUGUGCUGGCUGCGGCACUCGCAUUGACCCAGAUUAUAUUAAGAGACUACGUUACUGCGAGUACCUUGGUCGUUACUUCUGCCAGUGCUGCCACGAGAAUGCCCAAGCGGUGGUUCCCGGUCGAAUUCUCAUGAAGUGGGACUUCAGCAAAUACUACGUGAGCAACUUUGCCCGUGACUUGCUGAGCAAGAUUGCUGGAGACCCGCUCUUUAAUCCAAAUGACAUCAACAGCAGCCUCUACAAGAAAGUUAAAGCUCUGGAGGCUGUCAGGGUUUUGAGAAUGCAGCUCUUUCAUAUGAAAAAUCUCUUCAAGACAUGUCGGUUUUCAAAGGAGGUCCUUGAGCAGUUUGACAUCCUUCCUGGUCACUUGACCGAGGACCUUUACUUAUUUUCCCUAAAUGAUCUCUCGUCUGUGCGCAAUGGAGAAUUGGCCCCCCGUAUGAAGGAGCUGCUUAAACUUGGGACUGUGCAUGUAGCAGGCUGCGUGCUGUGCCAGGCAAAGGGCUUCGUGUGCGAGUUCUGCGGCAACGACAAAGACAUCAUCUUCCCCUUUCAACUGAGCAAGUGCCAGCGCUGCGAAGGUGAGCCCUCUCUGCUGGUAGCAGGCCUGGGCGCCCUACGAGCGCCCCCUCGCCGCAGCUCUGCUCCCAUUAUCUGGAUAGACUGGAAGAUCUCCAAACCUCGUAGGCUGGCAAGUGCCCUCUCCAAGGACCGGAGGGAGGGGGAAGGCGGGGAGGAGGAUUUAGAGUCAGCUGAGGGAGCGGAGGGUGGGGACCAAGAGGAGUCAACAGACAAUACAGAAGCAAGAGUGGAAAAAGUGGGAUUAUUUCAGGGUUUCUCCCCUGGGAAAUUUGCAAAAGCUUUUUCCUGGCACCACAGAACUGAAGACAAGCAGGAGGUGUCGGGAGGGAGCGAGUCUGAGAAGGAAGGAGGAGAAGACUGUGAUCAAAGAAGUGAGGAGAGAUAUGAUUCUUUCAACAAAGAAAGGUCAAAGAGUGAAGAAGGGGAAGAUGGUCAUGAGAAAAGAAUCAGUUUACUUAAAAUUCUCCACUUAGAGCGACUGAAGCAGAGCCUCUCUAAGAGUAACAGAAAGAAUAGUGACAGCGAGACGUGUAGCAGCCAGGAAAGUUUAGAUGAACUGGGAACAGAUCAAGGGAGGAAGGAGAGAUGGUUUGGCCGUCUAGGCAGGACCUUCUCUAAAGGAGAUUCCAGUGACAGCAAAACAGAAGCGAAAGAGGAAGACAUACAAGAAGAGCCUGAGAGAAUGUUAUCAGAGCCAGGAGGUGGCACUAUGGAGGUGGCAGAGGGGAAAGCCAGAGAAGUGGCGAAGGAGAGUGAGGAAAGAAAGGAGAAAGUUGCCAUCUCCAAAGUGCUGAAACUAUCGGCCGUGUUUUCUCGAGAGCCAAGCAUAAGCGAGGAAGACAGCGGUGGUACGGGUGACGGGCAAGUGGAUUCGGCUCCGAUCCAAACCAACUGGCGAGCUCGAAAAACUCGCAGAGCCCGGAGAGUCACUAGAGGCAGAAAGACCUGUGAGGGGAGGGAGGGUGAGAGCAAGAUGGUGGGGGGCAAUGCAGACGACAUUCAUGGUUGAGAAAUAACAGACUUGGCUAUGUACAGUUGAGCACAAAAUGAGUCAUACCCUGGCCAAAUUUUGAGUAACUGAUUUGGUAAAUGGCUAUCUUGUAAACUCCAUUUUCCGAGAACAGCUACUGAAGCAGCAACUCAAGUCAUUAUGUACAUUUGACAGACUUAAGGGUUCUCUUAUUGUGUCUGCUUUUGCUAUGUGGGGACCACUAGAUUAGAUAUUUUUAAACCAAUUAUCUAAUGAAAGGUAAAUCAAGUGCGUUUAUAGAGUUUGGCUUUCUUGAUACUAUCACAUAUUUUCUUUCCUUACCUUUGUAUGGAUGAGAGGCAAUUAUUGCAUGGAUUAUCAGCAAAGACGUUAUUAGACACGUUCAUGAAAAUUGAUUGAACUCUUCAUUUUAAUGUGACGGUGAGUUGCAGUUUUUUUUAAUGUUUUUUUAUAUAUAUAAAUGAAGUGUUUUAGUCACUCUCCUUUUGACUGAGCAUUCCUCAGCUUUUCGGCUGUGUGGUGGUUUCCCGUUUGUUCUUCCUAACUCUCUGAACUUUGUGUGGUGGGGAAUUUAUAGAUUGUGAUCACGUGGCUUGUCGAUGUGCACAGAUGGUGGCUGGCUAAUAUUUUUGGGGCAAUUAUUUGGUGGUGGAUGACUUCAGUUGAAAAUGUUGGGAUAACUAAGGCUGCACUGUCCUUUUCUUUGUUGCUUUGCUCCUGCACUCAAUACCCUCUUUCACACGGAGAUCCUGCAAAACUGGUGCAACAGAGCUUUAACAUAAGAUCAGGAAUUAAUCAGCCUGUUCCUUUUCAGGGUAGCUGCAUGUUUAAGGAUGCCAAAACUUUGAAAGACAAAUUGAAGACUGCUUAGUCAUUCACUAAAUGAGUCUAGGAGGAGUUAGUCUUUGAUAAAGAACUUGUUCAAUAUUUUCAUGAUUCUAUACAUAAUAAGUAUAAGUAAAAUUAUUUUAAAUUUACUUAAGAUUGAAGGAUUGUCAUUUUAAAUUAUGAUUAAGGAGAAGCGAGUCAGAUCUUAAAUUUAAGAAAAUCCCAUAAACACAGUCAGCCUCUGUUACAUCUAACUGCAUGCAAAGACCAAAACAGAAACAACAACAACAUAACAUUCACAUGGAAAACAGGUAGAAAAAUGGAAGCCUGUAAAGGCAUUGUGAAAGGACCCAAUGUUUACACUUGUGCUUUUCGGUUGGAACAUUUCUUAGCAUGUUGCACUUUCAUUCCAUUUCAUUCUUUGGUAGUGUCACCAUCAUGCAGAUUGUGACGUUGAAGGCAUUUUGUCAUUUUUUUUUAAAUUUUUUUUUAAAUUUUUUUUUUAAGUUUAAUAUUUUUUUCAACAUGUUGACAUUUCCAUGCUGUUAUUUGAGCUUCAUUCCCCAUGAACAUGAAAUAAAUACUUUUUGGAAUGUUUUUCUUGUCGUUUUGAGUCUGUCCAUCAUAGUGGAUCAUAUAGUGUGGAAGUUGUGUAGAGGCUUUGUAGUGGGUGAGGAAGUGGAUGUGUCUGAACUGGUGAAAGGUACGGUCCGUAGUGUCACCUUCCUACUUGCUAGUCCCUUCUGCCUCUCUGCUUUUCACCCUUGCACCUUUUUAUAGCCUGCCUCUCAUUCUGAUUGGCUGGCACAGUUCUAGGGCCAAACUGGUUGGACUGGUUAUUUUGCGUGAACCACGUUUAAGCUCUGUAACACCCCUGUUAUGUUACUUGACAGUAUGGUAACUAACUUGUUUUUAUGUUGUUUUUCCAUACAGAGUGCCAUGCUUGUUACCACCGCGGUUGCUUCAGAGUCACCAAGGACUGCCCCCGGUGUCAGAGGCUGGCCGAGCGUCGAGAGAAGAUGGCAUGCAGGAACAUGGAGCAGCAAGAAGACGAGGGCGGCGGAACUUAAUGGGGA